CAACAAGUUAAAAAACGACCCGUCGUCGGUAGGUUGGAAUCAAAGAAACCCAGAUAUUGCAGCGCAGUACAAACUCAGGGUUUUGAACUUUUCUCAUACCCACUCAUACCCAAAUUCCCUCACAGUAUCAGGGUUUUAUACACUCUCCCAAGUCCCACCUCUCUCUCUCUCUCUCAAAAAUGGAGUCUCUCUCUAAACUGAACUACCGUCACCAACCCAUUCACCUCUCAGUCAAUCACCACCGUCCAUCAUUCCAAAGACCCAUUUCUUCCCUCUCUUUCAGGACCCCACCAUCAUCAUCAUCAUCAUCAUCUCAAUCCUCACCGUUCAAAUCAUUCUCUAUCAAAGCCUCAUCCUCCUCCUCCUCCUCCGCUUUUCCCCAAAACCCUAAACCCCAGCUCUCCAAAACCCUAGCCCCUCUCCUCAAAACCACAUGCGUCACCGUCGCCGCCGCCGCCGCAUUAUUCUUUAUUCGGUUCCAACACAAACCCGCCUUCGCCGCCACCGCCACAGCGCCACCGCCCACGGUGGAGGAGUCGAUUAACACCGAAGAAGCGGAGCGCAGCAUCGAAGACCGGUUGAGCCAAGACCCAGAAGACGUCGAAGCUCUAAAGUCCCUCAUGGAGGUCAGAAUCAAAGCUCGGAAGUUGAAAGAAGCUAUCCAAGUCAUUGACCGUCUCAUCGAGCUCGAACCAGAAGAGUUCGAGUGGCCAUUGUUGAAAGCAAACAUUUUUAGCUACAUGGGGGAGCAAGAAUUGGCCAAAAGUAAGUUCGAGGAGAUCUUGGAGAAAGACCCAUUACGCGUCGAGGCCUAUCAUGGCCUUGUCAUGGUUUCUUCUGAACUAUCUGAUGAGAAUAUGUUGAAGGAACUUGCGAAAAGGGUUGAGGAGGCAACGGAGAAGUGCGAUAAGCUUGGAAAGAAGUCGGACGCGAGGGAUUUCAAGCUCUUGGUGGCGCAGAUUAAUGUUGUGAAAGGGCUCUAUAACGAGGCUUUGAGGAUUUAUGAGCAGCUUGCGAAAGAGGAACCGAGAGAUUUUAGGCCUUAUUUGUGUCAGGGAAUUUUGUAUACUCUGCUGAGUAAGAAAGAUGAGGCUGAGAAACAGUUUGACAAGUUUCGAAGGCUUGUGCCCAAGAAUCACCCUUACAAGGAGUAUUUUGAUGAUAAUAUGUUUGCAACAAAGAUUUUUGCUCAGAGAGUAGAAAGGGAGAGAAAGAGUUCGAGGCGUUGAGAGAAUGGCUGAUUGGCAAUGGGAAUAAUUCAUAGGCGAUGACUGCCUUGUUUUACAGAUUUUGACAGGAAUUUGUAUGAUCAAGAGCUUGCAGCUGAGGGUUUUCUGCUAUAGGGAUGGCAAUGAUGUAGUAGAUAUGGAUUAGUUCUUUGGUCACCUGUAUUCUGAAUAGUUUUAUGGUAGCAUGCUUUACACUAUUUGCAAAAAAAAAGAAUGCUUUCACUUGAGGAUUUCUACAUAGGUCUGGGAGAUACAAUUCUACUUUCUUCUUCCUUUUAUUUAUUUUUAAAAAUUAGAUAAGCAGUGUAAUAUUCAGGCAUGGUAAGGAUAGUUCUAGUGUCUCUUGUUGGCAGAUAUUAUUAUUUUUCCUAUAAAAUUGCUUUUUUUUUU